AUGAGCAGUCCCACCACCGGCCGCCAGCGCGGUACUGCCUCCAAAGCGCCCCGGAAAACACCUAGCAACGACCCCGACGUUAAUCGUUGGGAGAAUCAGCAACGUGCGCGUGCGCCUAGCGGCGCUACCCCACGGGUGAACACUCGAAAGCGCUCGAGAUCUGGAGCGACUUCCGCCCUCGCCGACAAAGACGACGACGACGACGACUUCGAUUCAGAGCACGACGUCAAAGUCAAGAAAGGCCGCACUACCUUCGACGAAAACGGGUACUUUAAAGAAGGCAACAAGAGCAUGCGCUACUUUGGACCUGGGUUCACGGAUCUAUACUCGCCGUCCGUAUCGCAUCAACUCAUCCAUACCGGAUUGUACAACCAUAUGCCGCCCCGCGAUGUACUUCAGAGGCCUUUCCAUCCACUGCACAGUGUUGUGACCCCCUCACAAUUCGAUCUAUCCGUCUUCACUAUCCCGCUGACCGCGUUGGAGAUUCUUACGAAUCGUCAGCACUUUCUUCAAGGCCUGGACUGUCUUUUCGGUAUGGACGCACGCACCUGGGCAAAGGACUGGAGAAAGAAGAAGGGGGUGACAAAGCCUGUCAAAGGAGCUCCACCGCCUGCACCGCAGCCGAUCAUCCACACGACCGGUCACUACACAUUCACACCUGGUGUCAACCGACACACAGGCUUCGACAUCACCAAGACACCAUACGCGCUUAUCGAUUGCGCCGAGGGCGUUCAUCCAUGCAAUUUUCCCCAAGGUCUUGACCGCGGUCCGUUCACCGAAGCCCUCUUCCAAGCGCAGUUCAUGAAUCGCUCGAAGCUUAUGCUGGCGGAUCUAGAUGCGUUCAUUGCGUAUUGGCUCAUCGAUCGAAAUCUUCAGGCCGGCUACAGCGAUGCGGGGUUUCUGAAGAGGCAUGUGGCGUUGCAUGAGGAAUAUCGGGCUAUGGUGAGGAAGAACGUAGAGGCUCACGGCUAUAGGUGGGAGGACUGA